UACACCACUCCAUACUACGUAAGCUAUAAUUCGUUGCCGCGCGCGAUCUCAAACAAUCUUUUAACUAUUUACCUGCUUCUCGACUGACAAUGGACAGGGAUCAGUGCCUUCAACUAAUACACCUCUACAGUCAAUACAGAUAUUUAUGGAAUCCAAGUGAUCCAAAUUAUUGCAAAAAAGCCCUGCGGGAGAAAACUUGGGCCAAAAUAGGGCGGGAAAUGAAGAUGGCGCCCGCGGAGCUGAAGCGCAAGAUGGAGUCGCUGCUGGGCUCCUUCCGCCGCGAGAGGCACCGCGAGAAGAAGAGCCGCGAGUCCGCAGCUACACUAGGCGACGACGCCGUGUACAAGUCUGCGUGGUACGCGUACGACGCGUUCAGCUUCCUGCAGGACCGGCCGGGCGGGGUCGGGGGCUGCGGGGGCGGCGGCGGGGGCGGGGGCUGCGGGGGCGAGGACGUGCACGCGCUGCUGCUGCUCGCCCCCGACAUGCCCGUCAUCAAAGUGAGUUUCUAUUUCAACUGUAUAUCGCUCGCCCGUCACUAUACCGUUAUGUUUUGUUUCAAGUUCAUGGCCGUGAGCGACUGUCACCGCCGCCGCGGCCGUCUCUCGUGUUGGCUAGACAGAGACAACACUCGGUGCGGUUUCACCGGGUCGGGACUCGGGUGUUUGUCAUCGUCAUCACUAUCACUUAUCAAAUUAUCAUUCGGAGCAACCCGCUGCUAAAAACCGGGAAGCCUACUCUCUAACACGUUCCGUCGUGUCCAUACGUUGAUGACCGCAUUAUCGGUAGGUAUUCUGGGUUACUGCUGGCUACUGCCAAUGAACUGACUUCAUGAACUUCAGAAUAGCAUGCUAGCAUAGUAGCUAUUUUGCGAAGCCGCGAGACGUGGCGCGCGAUAAUCGCGGAGGCGAGAUUCGUGCUUUGUAGCGUCUCGCUCUCUCAACGGUGCAACGUCGCAUGACUCGCGUGAGAGCGAGCGAGACGCUGCGAAGCUGCAUGUUUCAACGGGUGAUAGGGUGCGCUCCGCUGUCUCAUUCAGCUGAUUCAGCAGUAGCGAUUUGGCAACGGCCACGGUUGACGCUAUGCUAUUUGUUUCACGUGCAAAUUUGCGAUCGCGUUGUUUGUUGUGAUUUAACUUUGAAAGGAUCAUUUAUGUACCUAGAGGACAAUUUGUGUUUACUGUGUGUUAAACUUUGAAAGGAUAUUUGAUAUUACUUUGUGGUUUUAAAGUAUUUUGUGUACCUAUAUUUUGGAACCUAAACCUAAAUAGUUAUUGCAAUUAAAGAACGUUCGACAAUAAUUAAUAAAAAUG